GUGAAAAAUUAUUGAACAAAAUGCUGGCGAAUGUCUCAAAUAUUGUGUUGUGACUUCCAUUCUUGAAAAAAUAUGUACAUACAGCGUAUGUUCCUGUAUAUAGUCAACGUUAAGUGCUAAAAAUAGAAUGCCUCAGCGAUGUAAAAUUGCAUAUCAUGAAACUACUUCUACCCAUGCUUGGCAAAAGUCAUCGUCAUGAGGCGUGAAGCUGUGACUGUGAAGCCUCUUAGUCCGUCAAACUCAAUUGACUGUUCCUUAACGACCAGUCACUUCGUUUGCCAGUCAUUCAUUCCCCAGUCAUUUGAAGCUAAAAGAAUUUCCUAGUCAAGCAAUCGCAUUCAAGCGACCGAUGACGAAAAAGAAAUGCAUUUAUUAUUAUUGUUGCUCCUGCCAGCAAGCUCCUUUUCAGUUUUUUAUUGCUAUUGUUGCUCUCUGCCAGCAAGUCGUUCAAUUAGUUGUACCUGCCGUCAGCAGCCGAUCGAAGUGUGAAAAGAUUUGCCAGUCACUCUCAGGAGAAAUUUUGACCUUGUGUAGGAGCUUCGCCAGUCGAUGAUGGAGAAAUGUUGAUUGUUGUCGUGUUUUAUCCGUCAUGCGAGUAGUGAAGCUCCGUCAAUUGAGAACAGUGCCAGUCGUUUGAUGAAACAAAACUAGUCGGGUCAAGCGUGACGGGCGAAAUUUGCCAUCACUGCUUCUACCUACUUCAUACAAAGAAGACUGCUUGCUCAUAAUGCACUUACCUACCUACCUAAGGGUCCAGCGCCGAUUGACCGGCGCAUAGGGCUGAGAUAAAAGAUCUCCACUGCUGGCGAUCCGGAGCCAGCGUCUUCACUUGCUGCCAGCCAAGGUUCUCGUCAACUGUGCGAAUUUCAGCGGCUAAACUACGCCGCCACGAGCUUUUGGGCCUGCCUCUUCUUCGAUGCCCAUCUGGAUUCCAGUCAAGCGCCUCUCUGCAAAUCUCGUUUUCAUCUCUUCGCAGCGUGUGCCCAAUCCAUCUCCACUUACGUUCCCGAAUCUCGAUUUCUAGCGCCUUUUGAUGACACCGGCGAUGAAGUUCAACGUUUGAGAUCCAGUUGCCAGGCCACCAAGCGCGGAUGAUGUUCCGCAGGCAGCGAUUCACAAAAACUUGCAGUUUUCGCGUCGUCACCGCAUAUGUGCACCAAGUUUCUCACCCGUAUAGCAAUACGGAUUUGACGUUUGAGUUGAAGAUUCGGAUCUUAGUUCGUAGAGAGAUCUGGCGUGACCGCCAGAUGUUUCGGAGACUCGCAAACGCAAAUCGGGCUUUUCUGAUCCGGGUUUCGAUGUCCUUCUUGGUACCACCAUCAGGCGUAAUCUGGCUACCAAGAUACUGGAAGCACUCCACUGUCUCAACCUGUUGUCCAGCUACCACGAAAUUGGAACGAUUUUCUGUAUUGAUUUCCAUCGACUUGGUCUUUCCGACAUUGAUUUUGAGACCUGCUGCCUUGGAGCUUUCGGUGAGGUCGUCGAGUUUGCUCUGCAUGUCUUGUUGUGUUUGGGCGAGCAAAACAAUAUCAUCUGCCAGGUCAAGGUCGUUCAGUUGCUCAAUGGUUGAAGGAUUCCACGGCAAUCCUCGGUUUGGUCUACAGUCAAUCGAUCCAGUCAAGAUCUCAUCCAUUACGAUGAGAAAAAGCAGCGGUGACAAAAUACAUCCUUGUCUCACUCCAGCAGUUACCGGGAUUGGUUCGGACAAGACACCGUCGUGCAAGACCUUGCACGAAAAUGCCUCGUACUGUGCUUCGAUGAGAUGGACUAGUUUCUCUGGGACCCCUCGUCGUCUAAGAGCAGCCCAGAUGUUUUCGUGGUUCAGUCGGUCAAAUGCUUUUUCGAAAUCAACGAACACCAGCAGAAGAGAGUCCUGGAAUUCGUUGAUUUGUUCCAGUAUUAUUCGUAGCGUUGUGAUGUGGUCCACACAUGAUCGUCCGGAUCGGAAUCCAGCUUGUUGCCGUCGGAGUGUAGCGUCGAUUUUCUCCUGGAUCCUGUUCAGGAUCACUUUGCAGAGUACUUUAAGGGUUGUACAGAUCAAAGUUAUGCCACGCCAGUUACCGCACUCUGUUAGGUCUCCUUUCUUUGGGACCUUUACGAGGAUACCCUGCAUCCAGUCGGCCGGGAAUGUUGCAGUGUCCCAAAUGUCAGCGAAAAGACGGUGCAACAUUUGUGCUGACAAGGCAGGGUCGGCUUUGAGCAUUUCAGCAGGAAUGCAAUCGAUUCCAGGCGCUUUGUUGGAUUUCAUGUCCUUGAUUGCCGCUUCUAUUUCAGCCAGCGUGGGCGCUUCCGAGUUGACGCCAUUAAUGCGACUUACUGUGGGCGCCUCGAGCUGCGGGUUCUGUUGGCCAUUGCUAUUUGUAACUCGGGAAAGUUGAUCAAAAUGCUCAGUCCAACGCUUGAGCUGAUCUGUUCGAUCUGUCAGCAGCUGACCUGCUCGGUUUUUCAGCGGCAUUCUUGCAUUAGUCCUUGCACCACUAAGGCGGCGAGAAAUAUCAUAUAAUAAUCGGAUAUCUCCAAUGGCGGCGGCUCUUUCUCCCUCUUCGGCUAGGGAGUUUGUCCAGGCUCUCUUGUCUCGUCUACAAGCUCGUUUAACUGCCUUUUCCAGCUCCGCAUAUCGUAAGCGGGCGGCUGCUUUGGCUGACCCGGUACAUGCCUGCUCAAUUCCGACUUUCGCCUUUCUCCGAUCAUCGAUCAUCCUCCAGGUUUCAUCCGACAUCCAUUCACUUCGUCUUCCACAAACUUUACCGAGAGUACCAUGGCUCGUCGUGAUAAAGGCAUUCUUGAUUCCACACCACUGUUCUUCGACUGUUCCGUCUGUCGGCAGCUCCGAGGCUCGGGAUUCUAGCUGUUCAACGUAUGCCCUUUUCACCUCUGGAUUCUCCAACCGGCGGACGUCGUAUCGACACCCGACUUUCUCCUCGCGCCGUUGGACACGCGCAACUCUCAGUCGUAUCUCGCCAAGGACGAGGUGAUGGUCAGAUGCAAUGUCUGCGCUUCGUUUGUUGCGGACAUCAAGGAGGCUCCUUCUCCAUUUUCGGCUGAUGCAGAUGUGGUCAAUUUGAUUUUCUGUUCGGCCAUCUCGGGAUACCCAAGUGACCUUAUGUGCUGGUCGAUGGGGGAAGAGCGAUCCACCGAUCACCAUGUUGUUGUUGCCACAAAAUUCUACAAACAGCUCUCCGUUUUCGCUCAUCUGUCCUAGGCCAUGGCGCCCCAUGAUGCGCUCAAAGUCCUGAUUAUCGGAGCCAAUCUUUGCGUUGAAGUCGCCUAAGUGGAUUUGAAUGUCACCCUUCGGAAUUCUCUCAACCACGCUGUUCAAUUGACUGUAAAACUGCUCUUUCUCCUGCAAAUCGGCAACGUCAGUUGGCGCAUAACACUGGACCAUUGUAAGGUUUCUAACCCGUGUUCUGAAUCUGGCUACGAUUAUUCUUUCGUUUAUCGGUUCCCAUCUUAUGAGGGCCGCAUGGGCCUGCGGGCUUAACAGGAAACCAACUCCUCGUUCCCGAGUAGCAUGUUCUCCUCGUAUGCCAGAGUAAAGCAGUACUUGCCCGGACUGUGUGUUGUGUUCUCCAGUGUUAGGCCAACGGACUUCGCUCAGUCCCAAUAUCUCUAGCUUGAGGCGGCUAGCUUCUCUAGCAAGUUGAGCUAGCUUUCCUGGCUGGGCAAGGGUCAAAACAUUCCAAGUUCCAAUUCUAGUCCGUGUUUUCAUGCUAAAAGUCGUUGCCAAAGUUCCAAUUCGGUUAUUUCUUCUCUCAGUUUCUGUAACAAUAUAAGGUAUCAGGAGCAGUAGGUUGUUAGCCUAAAGUCCCUAUCCCGCGAUGGGGCUGCCAUCUUGGACUUAGCUGGCGGGAGCCGCAUUUCAUAAAUUCAGCCGCUUGCUGCAAGACAGACGCUGUUUGAGCCGCCCCUGACCUGGAGAACAGACGCUCGGUUGUUGUUGCACGCCGCCCCUGACCUGGGGAACAGACGCGUGCGGCCACCUUCUCAGUCUGCAUGCGACCAAAGCAUCCACCGGGGUUGGGUACCCGAUCUCCGCUUAGGUUACUCGCAUCCCAGCCGGCACCACGGGGAGGUAGAGAUAGGAGUUGUGAAUAAGAGGUGAUAUGACCACUAUGGGGUCUCGUGUUGCACAUUAUCCACCGUUUACCAGUCAUAAUGCACUUGGUUAACCAAAUUGUUUCAGUGCAUGCUCUCAAUGUUCCAUAUUGGCUGGAUUAAGGUUACCAAGAAAACUUGUUAUAAAUACCAUACAUGGAAAGAUGAUAAACUGUUUUAGUGCAUAUUUCGAGAUCUCUGAAAGUAAAUCCCAAAGAAUAAAAGGUCACAAAAACAACAAGACAAAACAAUUCUCAGCCCUAGACAAGAUCUCACCUAUUAAUUCAGAAAAUUGAUUUCCAUAAGAACGGUAUGAAGACUGAUAAGUAUUAUUCUGAUUAUUAAAAAAAAUAUAUAUAUUUACAAUAUUUUCUUCCCUAAGCACCGCUUCCACUCAAUGUUUUAUUUUAUGUUCAUCGACAACUCAGAUGACAAAUUUGGUGAGUAUCUGCUCAAAACUCCAGAAUGUCAAAGCUCUCUGAGUUGGGUUGUUCAUCUUAGCCAUCUUCAUACCAGAUUUCACCUAAAUAUAGCUCAUCGAUAGAACUUAUUGCGACUCUGAGCCAAGGCACCAAACUCAUGUGCAAUACCUAGAUAGGUUUUCGCAAAUGACACAUGAACUGCACUUUGAAAGACAGCUUCUAGAAGCCGCGGAAUCGAUUCGAAGUUUGUUUUGGAGACGAACGCAGCGAAAUCGAAGAGCGUUAGACUAAAGUUGGGCGGUAUCUUUUCGCCUUCCAUGGCGACCGUCGGAAAUUCCUGUUUUUUUCUCAUUUGAUCAUUCCUGUUUUUUAGUUUACAAUUUUUCUUCCUUGAGAUAUCCUGGGAUAGAGCAAAGAAGCUCUUCCCGCAGAAGAAAAAAUGAAGAAAGGAUCAUGGUUUCUCUGACUUACGAGCUUCGCUUAAAAGAGCCUAGAAGAGAGUAAUGUCUAAUGAGAUAUCAUCAUCGAAUAUAAUUGGCGUGGUUUUACGAUUCUUACGAAUUUCAAUUCAGAGAUUCACUCAUACACGUCUGUUGCUCACAAGAAUAGAUAAAUGACUGACUUUGUUUUGUUUGUUUUGCCUAGUGUUGCCAAAAUCACAAACGUUGCCAUAUAAAUUUAUUUUAUUCUAUUUAUCUUCAGUGUAGCCGAAUACAACUAUUGUUUUAAUAAAUUUUUAUUAAAUUUGAUUUGUUUUCUGCAUAUCCUUCAGCUCAUCUCCAAAAAGCUUUCCAAAUCUUAAAAUUUUAUUUAUGUUCUGCAUAUUCUUCAUAAGCUGCAUUAAAAAUCUGUGCUUCCUAAGCCAAUCCGCCUUUUUCCACCGAAAGGUCAAAUCAAAACUAACAAUCAGCAGCAGCAACUUUAGAGUCUGCGUUUCCUAAGCCAAUUCCUUCUUUAUCCACCGGAAGGCCAAAUUAAAACAAUUAAUCCUCAGCAGCAGCAUUCAAAAUAUGCACUUCCUAAGCCGAUCCGUCUUUUCCCACCAGAAGGUCAAAUCAAAACAAUCAGCAGAAGCCGCAUUAAAAAUCUGCGCUUCCUAAGCCAAUUCCGUCUUAAUCCACUCGAAGGCCAAAUCAAAACAAACAAUCAGCAGCAGCAGCCUUAAAAAUCUGCGCCUGCUAAGCCAAUCCGUCUUUUCCAGUCGAAAGUCCAAAUCACAACAAACAAUCGGCUGCAGCAGCCUUCAAAUUCUGCACUUCCCAAGCCAAUUCCUUCUUUAUCCACCGGAAGGUCAAAUCAAAAUGAACAAUCAGCAGCCUUAAAAAUCUGUGUUUCCUAUACCAAUCCAUCUUUCUCUACAGGAGAAGGCCAAAUCGAAACAAACAAUCAGCAGCAGCAGCCUUCAAAAUCUGCACUUCCUAAGCCAAUUCCUUCUUUAUCCACCGGAAGGCCAAAUCAAAACAAACAAUCAGCAGCAGCAGCCUUAAAAAUCUGCGCCUGCUAAGCCAAUCCGUCUUUUUCAACCAAAAAGCCAAAUCACAACAAAAAAUCAGCAGCCUUAAAAAUCUGCGCUUUUUAAGCCAAUUCCUUCUUUAUCCACCAGGCAAAAUCGAAACAAACAUUCAGCAACAACAGUCCCAAAAAUAUGCGCUUCCUAAGCCAAUCCGUCUUUUUCCACCGGAAAGCCAAAUCGAAAAAAAACAAUCAGCUGCAGCAGCCUUUAAACUCUGCGCCUGCUAAGCCAAUCCAUCUUUUCCAACUGAAGGUCAAAUCAUAACAAACAAUCAACAGCAGCAGCUUUCAAAAUCUGCGCUUCCUAAGCCAAUCCGUCUUUUUCCACCAGAAAGCCAAAUCGAAAAAAAAACAAUCAGCAGCAGCAGCCUUUAAAAUGUGCGCUUGCUAAGCCAAUCCGUCUUUUCCAACCGGAAGGCUAAAUCACAACAAGCAAUCAACAGCAGCAGCCUUCAAAAUCUGCGCUUCCUAAGCCAAUCCGUCUUAUUCCAGGGACCGAAUGAAAAACUUUUUUUUUCGUAGCAACAGCCUUAAAAAUCUUCGCUUCCUGUGUCAAUCCGUCUUAUUUGUUGUUAUGCCUGAUGUUGCCAUAGAACAUGUAUUUUAUUUUAUUUAUAUUCAGCGUUGCCAAAUACAACGUAUUUUAUUUUAUUUUUAUUAAAUUUGAUAUAUUUUCUGUGUAUUCUUCAUCUUAUCUCUACACACAAAACUUUCGAGGCUCCACUUAGCAAAAAUGAGCUGUUACUUUCCAUUAGCAAAAAUUUUUUUUUACUGUCGAGUUAGCACUUUCCCAAAUUGUCGUGACUUUUGCUCAAUUUGAGUAAAAUUAACCAAAAUACUACUAAUUUUAGCAUUUAUAGUAGCAUGGACUCAAACUUUUAGCCUGUGCCCAAACCGCGUUCUUUAAGUGCUCAAAUUUUAGAAAGGCGACACAGGCGGGAACCUGUUAGAUUAUUCUUGUUUUCAUUUUGCACCACGCGCGGGUAAAACAUUUUUGUUCUGCUCCUCAGUUUUUCGUCGUUUGGUUAGAAUUUGGAUUAGGAUCAACAGCAUCUCGUGGGAGGGAAUGCUGCAGAAGUAGCCAUUCUUCCUCAAGCGGAACGGUUACCGGUUCGGUAACUAGUGGAAAAAUAGCGGAAUCCUAACGCUGCACAUACCGGUACGCGAUACCGAGAAAGGAGGAGAAAUGGUGAAGCGCAAAACCGAACCCGGAAGCAGCAGUAGUGGUUCCGCCGGGUUAUGUGUGUUGUUGACCUGUUUGGUGGUCAGUGUUUUUACUAUCAGGUAACAAAAAAAUAGACUGUCUAGCUAUUAUAGUUUUAUUUUUAUUCUUCUAAAUAUGAAAUGCACUAAACUUAAUUAUUUCUGUUUUUCAGAUUUCAGUGGUGAAGAUUUAAUAGAACGCGAUGAUGCAAUACACUUUUGGAAACCCGCAGAGUGAUGCGAACGAUAAUAAAAAAGAAGAUUAAAAAAAAUCAAAUCUCACUUUUUAAUUUUUUGAAAAUGUAAACCCUUCAUUAAAAAUAAUUUAAUUUUAGAUUUCACUCAAAUUCGAGCAAACGUUAGAAAAAUAAAUUUUGCUAAAAUUUUAGCAAAUAAAGGUUUUUGUUUGCUUGAAAAUUAGUAAACAUUCAGUCAGGACACAUUUUGUUAUUUUGCUAAAAUUUUAGUAAAAAUAAAUUGCUAAAUUGAUUGCUAAGAUUUUAGCUGGUCAAAUUUGAGCAAAAUUUUGCUAAUUUUCGGCCUCGGAAAUUUUGUGUGUACACUGUAAAUUUUUGCCUCGAUUUCCAGCAAAAAAAAUUGCUGGAAACGUUCAGCAAUCCAAAUUUUUGCUGGAAACCAGCAAUCGGUUUUCGAAUUGCUGGAUUUUUCAGCAUUCGGUUAUGUGCUUGUCAUUUUUGCUGAAAAAUCAGCAAUCGGUUUUCAAAUUGCUGGACUUUCCAGCAAUUGAUCUAGUUUGCUGGAAAAUCAGCAAUCGAGUUGUCAAUUUGGAGUUUGUUUUGGUUUCGUACGCUGAAGUAAGGUGAGAUUCUAUUUUACGAAUUUAGGUUAAAUUAAUAUAAUUAUUUUAUUUUCCUCUAUAUUCUAGCAAUCAGGCAUCAAGUCAAGGGUAAGUUUUUAUUGUACAGGUAGAUAUUCCAUAGAAGAUACUAAUCAAAACUAUUUUUACAGGUGGCGGAUGAUCAACAUUUUGGCACAAAGCGGCCACCCCAGAGCCGGUGUUAGAAAGUUGUGAAAAAAAAAAAGUUUUUUUUGGAAAAUAAAUUAAUCCCUAAUUGAAAAUGGGAGAAAAUAAUUGUUUUUAUUGCUUAUUAUAUGCACAGCCAAUAUUAAACUUUAAUUUUACAUUGAAAUAUAAAUUUCAUACUAAAUACUGCCGGUUGUGUUGAAAGAAAUAGCUGGUUUCCAGCAAUCUGGAUUGCUGAUUUUCCAGCAAUUUGAAUUGCUGGAAACCAGCAUUAACGUUUGCUGUUUUUUCCAGCAAUUUAAAUUGCUGGAAAUUUUGCUGGAAAGUCAGCGGGACAAAAACCAGCAAAAUUUUGCUGGUUUCCAGCAAAAAAAAAUUUGCUGUGUACAAUAUCCUUUAUUAAGACAGUGACAAUUUCAAAAUGGGUCGUUUUUUUCGUCAUGGACUCAGGAAAACGUUUAUGGCUUUUUUAAGUUUUUUUUAAGUUUGAAUGUAAAAUUCUCUUCCGGAUCCCAUUUGUUGCUACCGACAGCAUACCGACACAAAAAUCAAAAUCCGCAUUAAGAAAGUGUUUGACAAAUUCAGCUAGAUUUCGUGGUUUUAAAUUGCUAAUCUCAUCUAUGCGUUUUGCGACUUGAAAUUUGGCUGGCUGCUUAUUUGAUGUGCCGUCAUCAUAACAUUUGCCUAUUCCUUAAGAAAAUGUUCUUACAAUGCAUACCCUUGAGAUUUUGUCGACUGUACACAAUUUGCAUGAUUCAGGCUUCUUGAAACACUGCACGCCUUCCAGUAAUUUGCUGAAUUUUCUAAAACACGAGAUAUCUCUUGUCUUGUUCUCUAUUACAUGUAGAAAAAUAACUCAGAAAAUAUAUAUUUAGCGAUGAAAUGAUACUGUACAAAAUCAAACCGAAUUUGUAUGAUUUGGUGAUUGAUUCCUCACGGUUCUCAGUGUGUUUGGAUGAUCCCAGAUUUCCAGUCAUUUCUUCUUGUUAAAAAGUGUUGACCAGGAUGAUUCAACGAUCAUCCAAAAUAACGAUGUAAUUGUAAUAGAAUGGAAAUCGUGCACAGAAAUUUAAGCGCGCUAGCAUGCUGUAUACGGUGACUUUUCGACUGGCAUGGCGACCGUGAAAAAUUGUUCCGUAAGAAUCUCGGUUCUCGUUCUGCAUAUUCUUAUGAACCAAGUACCAGAUAAUGUAUGACCUCUUACAAGAAGGGAUUCAAAAUAGCUGUAGCAAUCACUGCAGAUUACAAACGUCGCCAUUAACUAUUUAAAUGGCAGGUUUAAAAAGCACAGUUGCGUUGAGCACUGUUUUAUAAAAUACAUUUUUUAAGGAUACUCACUACACAGGUAGGUAUAUACUUUCGUUCUAUAAUAUCGAAUAAAAAGUUCUAUUUAUGCUUCAGUUUUAUUAAUAGUCGAUUCAUUUUGCUUUUUUUGUGGUGGUUAGUAUUUUGUCUCAUCAUUUGAAUGGUAUGGUACUUUGCAUUUUUUGUAUUACUCGUGAAUCUUUUGACCGAGAUUCUCUUCUUCCUUCCCAUCCCCUUUC